AGGGUAUAAAGAGACAGGUGGUUCGGAGAGGAACCAGAUGCCAAACCCGGGAGGCGCGAAGAGCAGAACAGCCGGGAAGCCCUGCGAACCUCGCGAGCCCACCAAGAUGCUCGAAACGUCGCUCUCCGUGUACCUCCUCUGCUUCCUCGCUUUCUCCUCUGCUUGCUACAUCCAGAAUUGUCCUCGAGGAGGGAAGAGAGCAAUUCCAGACACAGAAAUCAGACAGUGUAUCCCCUGCGGCCCCCGGAACAAAGGGAAUUGCUUUGGCCCCAACAUCUGCUGCGGGGAGGAGCUGGGCUGCUUCUUCGGCACGGCUGAAACCCUGCGCUGCUUGGAAGAAAACUACCUGCCCUCCCCCUGUGAGGCUGGAGGGAGACCCUGUGGAGCAGGCGGGAGAUGCGCAGCGCCUGGAAUCUGCUGCAACGAUGAGAGCUGCACUGCUGACGUGGGUUGCAUGGAGGAUGUCAGCGACCGAAGCCGGGCGCCCUCAGAACAGAACCUGACCAUGCUGGACGGCUCAGCGGGGAACCUCCUUCUCAAGCUGAUGCACUUGGCCAGCGCAAACCGGCAGCAGCUGGGCAAGCCCCAGUUCUACUGAAGCGAGGGGGCCG